CGGCCAGCUUAACAUCCCAUGGGCCGCCCGUGGGGCCAGCAGCUCUGCCCGGGCUGAGCUCCGUGCCGGGCCAGCCCUGGGGCCAGCAGCUCUGCCCGGGCUGAGCUCCGUGCCGGGCCAGCCCUGGGGCCAGCAGCGCGUCCCCAGCCUGAGCUCCGUGCCGGGCCAGCCCUGGGGCCAGCAGCCGUCCGUGCCAUCCCCGCGAUGCUGCGGCUGCUGCUGCUGCUGCUGAGCGGGGCGCUGGGCUGCGGGGCGGAGCAGGCAGCCCCGCUCGCCUUCACCAUGCUCCAGCUGACCCGCGUCUACAUGGGCAAUUCUAUGUUCCGGGGCAACGCCAGCCUGAAUGGGCAGAUCAGCCAUCUCCUGGACGAGAAUAAUGUCACCCAGGUGCUCCCGCUGGAGCCUCCGGACGCCUGGGCCCGGCGGCGGAACGAGGUGAUCACCUACCUGAGGAACUUCAGGCAGCUGGUGCAGCUCUUCAACAAGGAGAGACCCACCCAAUUCACCCAGCACCUGCGCUGCCACCUCGGCUGCCGCCUCUACCCCAACGGCACAGCCCAGAGCUUCUACGAGGUGACCCUCAACAAGACAGCGUUCCUCAUCUUCCACGUCCCCAACGCCACCUGGGAGCGGCGCUGGCCCGGAGAGCUCCCGGUGGCCGCCUUCGCCCAGGAGCAGCUGAUGAGAUACCCCACAACCACCCAGGACCUGCAGUAUUUCCUCAACACCACCUGUGUCAGCAUCCUGCAGGCUCAGAGCACCAGGACAGGAAAAGUCAGCGGCCGAUCCCGCGCUCCGCUGGUGCUGGGGCUGGUCCUGGGAAGCCUGGCCCUGCUGGGCAUGGCCCUGGGCAUCUUCCUGUGCACAGGAGGGAGCUGCUAGCGUGGGCAGCCAUCCCAUGUCACCCCGUGGACUCAGGGGACAAGCCCAUCAUCUUCCCGUGCAUCCAUCACCACCCUCUGGAGGCAGGGGACAGACCCAUCAUCUCCCUGGGGAGGCAGGGGAUGGAUCCAUCAUCUUCCCAAGGAUCCAGCAACUCUCCAUGGAUCCAUCAUCCCCCUGGGGAGGCAGGGGCUGGAUCCAUCAUCCCUGCACAGAGACAGAGGAUGGAUCCCUCAUCCUCCCGUGGAGGCAGGGACCAAGCCCAUCCCUCACAAGGGAUGCAAGUCCCUUGUGCCACAGACUUUGCUCCCCAAGGACGCCAAGUGGCUUUCCUGUUCCAGCCAACUGGCCCCACCAGCAGCCCUGUGGACAGUCCUCAUGCUGGACAGUGCACUGAAACUCCACAAAGAACACUGGGCAUGGAUGGAAAAAUGGGGGGGGGAGCGGCAUGGGGGGAAAGCAGCAGGAGAAACAGCCAUGGAAUGCUUGAAAGGAUGGUGUUAAACCCUCACUUCUCCCUGUUCCAGUGGGGAUGGAGGGAGGAUGUCAGACCUGGUGUAAUAAAACCACUCAUCAGCUCUCAGCA